AUGAAGAAAACAUUAAACUUGGCAAUUGCAGCUGGUAGAAUAGAUGAACUUUAUGAAAUACAUGCAAGAUUUGCCAAAGAGAUUGAGGAUGAAAUUUCAGAACAAGUUAUAAAUGGAGGUAAUUGCAACGAUUUUGCUAAUACCAUUAGUAAUCCAAUUCACAUCAGGAAAAAAAAACGAAAACCCAAAGAUUCAAAUCAAACAAAUACUACAAAUAAGGGCAAAAAAAGAGUGAUAUCCAAAAAUUUUAAUCAAAAUAAACAGGAUGAUAGUGAUAGAGAAAAUCAAGAAAAAGUUCAUAAACGAAUUUGUAUAGUAUUAAGGGACAAGUCAAAUGAAAAUAAUACAGAUCCUGGAUUAGAUGAUGGUAUGGAAGAAAAUAGCAGAAGCAAUGUAAGAAAAUGCCGUGUUUGUAAUCAAAAAGGUCAUAAUUCACGUACUUGUCCCAAUAAAAAAGAUGAAGAAUGUGUUGCAUAG